AUGGCUUUGCGGGAUGCACUCCUAGCAGGUCUCUCCAGCCUACCAGGCACCCGUGAGUUCCAUCUUCACGUCUUGGUCUCGUCACCCAGAAAGCACGGAAACCUUUUCCCAUUUGGAAAUCCCCGACCAAGGUCAUACUUGCAGGACAUCUUGAUUCUGCUUUCCGAACAAACCACACCAGACUCUCCCUGCGUUUUCGUCUCUGCAAUCGAAGCAUGCGUGUACAACAUCCCAACGACGUCCUGUGCGAUCUUGUACGUAUCGAAAGUUGACUCUACAGGUCAAGCAACCGCACCAUCUCCCACUCCAGCACUCGUGCGCGCACUCCUGCUCUUCUACGCAGACCCUGCCACGCGUCCCAUCUCCGCUGACCAUCUAUGGAUUCACGUAUUCGCAAGAGCCCAAAACCAAUAUCUAUUCCCCAACUCUUCAGAAUACCCUCGCAAACAUCCCCUAAGCGACAUCAAACUCUGCGCUUGGUGGAAACGUCAAUUCAGCACCGUCAUAAGCUUGCUAGCGUCCCGAGCGGGCGAUACCUGCCGCACAAAACUAUAUUACACUCUACCCGGACUCAGCGAGUUUGAAGCUUCUCACUCGCUAGAGAGGGUAUACCCAUCGACAGGUUCUCCAUGCAAUUGGACAUACGGACAUCCCUACUCCCAGAACGAGAUUCCGCUCCCCUGUCCUUCUGUUGGUGAUUCGCGUCAUCUUGGACAAUGCAUACCGUCAUUUGAUGAUGACCCCAAAUCCCGCUUCAUCGACGAGAUCGCGUACACGACGGAUGCGGAUGGAAUCAAGUCCCCCGAGCGAAAACGCGCGCGAGCGGACACUUUAAACACGCGCGAAGAAGAACCAGCCGACGCUUCAGAAAAGAAGGAAGGUCGGAGUAAGAAAGAGGACCAGACGCAUAAAGAAGUCAAGAAGGUGUCUGUGGAAGAAUUCUGGGAGCGGAUGUCGUUCCGGCAGGAAUGUAUUGCAGGGGCGGUGACCGGGUUUUUCGUGAUUGGUGUUUCUGCGACUGCGCCUUCUUCGACCUCUCUGGCGAUGAGUGAAGUUUCACCGCUUGCGCCGCAGGCUGGGCAGGUUUCAGCGCAGAUGAACAAACGGGUGUUGACGUCACUUUUGACUGCUCAUGAAUUUCCAUCUGUGGAAAAGGCGGUGUGGUCGACAAAAGUGAUUGAAGAUUCCAUACGAGGGUUGUGCGACGGUCUCAAGUCGAGUCCUAUUUUGGUAGGAGAGAGAUCGGGCCGACAGACGCCCGAGCCAGAGCCCCGUCGGAGCACUCUAGCACCUCCACAGACGCCUCCUCCUCGACUGGGGAAGAGAGCAAUGGUUGACAUUUCUCCGAAUCCAUUUCCGGAGCCUGUUGCUUCUCUGGAAACAUACAACUCGUACAUAUUUGGUUCGAUUAUGGUGAAAAAUCCGCCACCGCCGGAGAAGGAUGGCGGCGAAGUUGGAGGCGCUGGUGACGGCAGAGGUCCAAUAAUCACGGUGCUGACGGCUAGGAAGAAGCGGACGAAAGGGUGA